GCUGGCUGGAAGCCAAUCAGCGCAUUUCAUCAAGGUGAUUCAUCCGCCUGAGGGGAAAUAGCGACUUGCCAGUUUAAGCAAGAGUAACGGUAAACCGCACCAGGACAGCCCUCUCUAAACUUUCCUCCACUAAAGAAAGAAAGAAGAAUAUUUGUUUAAUCUGCUCGCAGUUAGGGGUCGAACACACGCAGCACACUGUCUGUUUAGUGAACUUUGAUAAAGUACAGAAUGGCUGAUACAAGUGCGUCCGGCUCUCCCAGCUGCGCGGAGAGGCUGAAAAGCUACGUGAAUACCCAGAAAGGGUUCAUCCUGGCAGCAGAAAUACUUGUCAGUUUUAUCGUCAUCAUCUGCUAUGCUUCUUCCUGGUGUGGAGGCUACACUACGGUGCCCAUAUGUGAGAUGACCUUAUCCAUGAUCUUCUUCGGCAUCUUCAUGAUGGACCUGGACAAGCAGUUCUUAGGGAUCAACUGGGUCUGGACUGAUCUGUUCCGUGCUGCAGUUGGUGCCGUCCUCUACAUCAUCACCUCUCUGGUCAAUCUCAUUGGAGGAUCUAGGGAUGGAGCUUGUAUGGCAGGCGCGGUGUUAGGGUUGUUCGCUGGGCUGAUAUUUGCAUACGACACCUACACAAUCUUCCUCCAAAUCCAAAGUAACAGACAGCACUCAGCAGCUCCAACUGAUGGCAGAGUUUAAAUGUUCUCACACAGAAAUACUUCUGUCAAGAACACAGAAGAACCAAAAGCAGUCAUUUGGGCAAAGGUUAACAGAGGAGCGGGUCAGAGAGGAGGAUGGACAGUAAAAUGAGCAAGUCACAGUUUAAUAAAUGCUGCUGCAUGGCCUGAACAGAUGAAAUGUAUCUUAAAGAAUGAAGCCAGAAAAGAAGAUGACAUAGCCUUAAUAAGGGGUGCUGGCAUCUGUCUGUAUGUCUACUCCAUGAGGGAUUCCCCUCUCAAACUUUUAUUCCAACCAGAGUAAAACGGGAAAGAUUAUGAAAGAGCGACCUAGCACUCACAGAAUCCUCAACCGAUGCUUCUGAGAUAAUUCCAUAACAGCAAAGACGCUGGUAAAGUGUAACCUCCCGGGGGAUAAAAAGCUUUUUAAAGCAUUAUUUUGGGGGCAGCAAACUCAUAAAGCACUCUUUUUUUCCAGGUGUCCCCUUAAUCACUGAAAUAAGAGUUCAUUUUCAUAAUCCUUUAAAAUAUCUCCCCAUAUAAGUGCCCAAUGGUCUUAUCAAGAUGCCAAAUGGCCAGACUUGCUUCUAGGAGGACUUUGGAUGACGUCAUCAUGCAACUUGUCUAAUACACCUGUCUACUGUUAAUGGACUGCUGUAGUAAAUAGUAACUGUGUUAUUUGGGCUUCAGAAGCAACUGACACAGAGGUGGUGCUUUUUGAAUCGUUUAAUAUUAUAAAUGUCUUCUUGGGGGACUUUUUUUGUACUUUCUCAGCUGGUUACACCUUUGCUUUUCUGUUAUUUAACCCUCUGAAAGCAGGCGUUGCAGAUUUGCAACAAGUAAAAGCUAACAACCUGAUUAACCCACAUACAUAUUUUAUGAGGAUUUUUUACU